CACACCCUCUACCGACAACUUCACUGCUGGUGCGUCCCACGGGGAUGCGCGGUCUCGCUCUCAUCACUCGCCCUUUGCAGCGCUUUGCUUUGGGAGGACAUCAGUAAAGAGAUGAGAGAAAAGAGCUGCUUUUAGAGAGUGAGAAAGUAAAUGGGAUAAAAGCUCAAGUCAGGUCAGCAGGUCGAACAUUCAAAGCUUCUUUAGAGUAGCAGGUGGAAGGAGGAAGAGCUAGAGGAGGAGGAAGCACCUUGGACUCUGAGUGUGGAAAGCUCCAGUGAUUUUAUCAUUGACGUGUGCCACAUUGACUUUGCUCGUUUUCACGCCGUCUUUAUGAUAAAGCGUCACCGAACGGGGCAAGGCUGUUCCGUUCGCACAGAACAAGAGCGCAAAUGUCUGCUAUGAGAAUGGGUAGAGACCGAAAGAGUUGGCACUCCUGGGAAAGCUCGAGUACGGUCAGGAAGAGUGCUGGAAGGGGGAUGACAAGGGAUGUAAAGCGCGGACCUCACUGGAGCGCGAUCUUCAAAUUCGCGCUCGUGCUCGCUCUGCACCCGCAGGUUGUGUGUGCGGUGGGCACAUUUGAAGUGCAAGUUCGACAAUGGCUAAACCCUCUGGGCUUUCUACAGAGUGGGCAGUGUUGUGACCCCCAGGCCAGUUGGGGGCAGCGCUGCUCAUCAGCGGAUCAGUGUGACACCUACUUCAAGGUCUGUCUAAAGGAGUACCAGGCUCGGGUUGCACCAACCGGCACCUGUACAUAUGGCACUGGCAGCACACCUGUCCUGGGUGGCAACUCCCACACCUUACAUCACCAUGGAAACGAGAGAAGUGACAGCAGAAAUGGACAAAUUGUUAUUCCAUUUAAAUAUGCAUGGCCAAAAUCAUUUUCUCUGGUGAUCGAGGCUCUGGACCAUGACAAUGAAACAUCAGAGGCAGGUAGGCAGGAAUUAAUAGAGCGAGUGCUGCUGUCCUCCAUGCUGAAUCCAGGUGAGCAGUGGCAGCCCUUCCGCCAUCACGGCCGAACAUUCACUCUGGAAUACCGCUUGCGAUUCCGCUGCGAUGGCAAUUACUACGGCCCACUCUGCAACAAAUUCUGCCGAGCACGAGAUGACUUUUUUGGCCAUUUUAACUGUGAUCCUUCUGGUAUUAAAGUGUGUAAGGAGGGCUGGACUGGAGCAGAGUGCACACAAGCGGUGUGCAAGCAGGGAUGUCACAUGGACCACGGCUCCUGCAAUCGGCCCGGAGAGUGCAAAUGUCAUUACGGCUGGAAGGGUGAUCUGUGCGAUGAGUGCGAGACGUUUCCUGGCUGUGAUCACGGCACUUGCACUGAACCCUGGAAGUGUGUGUGUGACACAAAUUGGGGCGGCCUGCUCUGUGACAAAGAUCUGAAUUAUUGUGGUAACCAUCAGCCAUGCAAGAAUGCUGGUACUUGUACCAACACUGAACCCAAUGAGUACCUGUGUGUGUGCAAGGAGGGUUUCCGUGGCCGUAAUUGUGACAUCGUGGAGCACACCUGUCUCUCUUCUCCAUGUGAGAAUGGUGGAACGUGUGUUGAAGACCCAACAGGCUUCAGCUGCGUGUGUGCACCGGGCUGGACGGGACCCUCCUGUGCCUCCGCUUUGUUGCGGUGUGACUCCAAUCCCUGUGGACAUGGGGCCACGUGUCAAGAGACGCCGCAAGGUUUCCAGUGUCUGUGUCCUCCGUUUUGGACUGGCAGAACCUGCCAGCUCGACACUAAUGAAUGUGAGACUGGCAUGUGUGUCAAUGCCCAUUCCUGUCGUAAUCUGAUUGGAGGAUAUUUGUGUGACUGCCUUCCCGGUUGGUCGGGACCAAACUGUGACAUUCGGAACGGUAGCUGCCAGGGAUUGUGUCUAAAUGGAGGACACUGCAAGGACUCUCAGUGUGUGUGUUUGCCGGGGUUCUCUGGUAAACUGUGCCAGACAGCAGUAAACGCCUGUGACAGCAACCCUUGUGUAAACGGAGGGCAGUGUGAGGAGCGUCAGGGAGGCAGAGGCAUGUUCUGCAGCUGCCCGCUGAGAUACACUGGCACCUACUGUGAGGUGGAACUGGAUCUUUGUAAUCCCAACCCCUGCCCGAAGGGGGAGCCAUGCCUUAGUACAGAAGGAGGCUACAAGUGCACCUGUCCCGAGGGUUACUUUGGAAAUGAGUGCCUGAGCCUGAAGAGUCCCUGUCAUGGACCCCAUUGCCAAGGUGCAGUGUCAGACCCAGGUGGAGGUGGGUUCGGUAUUUAUAUGGUGUUGGUGGGUGUAUUGUCCCUGAUUGUGUCAGGCAGCUGCUCUGUGUGCGCACUACUGCUGUCCCGCCUGCACCACCGCCACCGGACCAAAGCGCAGCUACGUACUUAUGUGUCUGAGGACAACGCCAUUAACAACCAGCGGCAGUUCUGCACUCUCAUCCGUAACCUUGAUCACAGCGUGGCACUGCUGCCUCCUGCCCAAACAGUGCCCACAUCAGUGCCCACGUCAGUGAUCUGCAGUGAAGAGAUUGAACUUACACUUCCUCCCUCACCUGUGCCCUCUCCAGCUCUAAAACCAGCCCACGGGCCAAAGCUGGACAUUUCCAAUCGCGAACGGGAAAAACUAAACCGUUUCCACUAUGCAGAGAAUCAGGAACUGGAGGUGUGACCGCACUUUGACCACUGGGAAGGAUUCUGACUUCUUGCUUCAGAGGGUCUGUCGGGUUUGAUGUAUCUUAAUCAACCUCUGCUGGUGAACCUUGACCCCUGAGCUUUGCUUUAUAGAGAGGGCUCAAACUUGGAAGGGAAUUAUUGGCACAGUCACAGGCGGAAGAAACUGUACGGACAGACAGGGUCCAAAAUUAUAACACAUUGUCAACGCUGGGUAAACUGAGAAUAUUUAACAGCCAUACAUUUUUCUAAUCAAUCAUGAAACUGUGUAUUAUUAUCUGAAUUAUUCAACUUUUUUAAUUAGAUGAAAUUGCACUAUUACAAAAACGUGAGUAAUAUCAUAACAUGGCAUCAAAAAAAAAAUUUGUUGUCAUUGUCAUAAAUUCUAGUUAAUAAGUUGUCCUAGGACACGCGAGUCGCGACUUAUUUAGUAGACUGUUUGAUUUUUAAUCAAAUAAUUACAUCAAAGAGGAUGAGAUUAUUGUUUGUAUAAUGCGAUUUAAAACAUUCAUUUCAACAUCCACUUUAUUUACCCCAAAGCCAUUUUACGCACAUUUUGCACUUGGUGAGUGUUUAUUUUGGACCCUGUCUAUUUUGAAAGAACGGCAAGUUUUUUUAAGCCCAGCGAUUCAACUUCUUUGAAUCCUGGAUAUUUAACUGUAUUUUAUUGUGUUUACACGUGUGCCCUACAUAUUUGUACACAUUUGUUUGAUUGUGAAUGUGCGUGUGUUUAUGAGCGUGUAAAGCCGAGUUCAGACUGCACGAUUUUCAAAGUAGUCAGGUCACUGUUCUUUUCACACUGCAUGACUAUCUUAGCCAGCAUUCAGUCACUGCUGUGUUCACACUGCACGAUGGAUCGGCGACAGAAGGUUUCACACUGCAUGACUUUACAAUAGGAAGAAUUGCCGACAGCUCUGUCUGGCGCGCAAACUACAUUUCACAACCAAACACCCGCGAGAUGGGACAAGGAAACAAUGCGAUAUCACACGUGCAAGACCGGAGUUUUCAUGUGAGACUGGGAUAGCUCAGAUGAAAUGUCAAACAGACACGGGUGCUCCUGCUAAAUUUAUACUAAUGUAUCUUCCAUUUCAUGGAUCCAAAUAGACCGAGAAGAAAGCCUUUUUCUGAAAUGAAGCCAUGCUUGCUGAUAUUGUGGUUUAUAACUCCUCGCUGAACUCCCCGCUGCUCUGUAUCUUGCUCUCUCAUUGGCUGUGGGUCAGCACAGAUGUAGUUUUCAGGCAGAACACUUUUCAGACAGCAAGAUUUUGUAUCGCCGACAGGUCCAGAUAUCAAGGGCAUUGUCGACUGGUCGGCGAUUCUCUCAGAUCGCGUCUUUGCUCAUUCACACUGCGUGUCUGAACUUGGCUUAAGAACAGUCUGAACAGAACAGUCUGCGUGUCUGAACUUGGCUUAAGUGUAUAUGUAUGACUGUUUGUGGAUAGUUUGCCAUAAAUUUCAACAAAGCCAUGCACAUUAUAGCAGCUCCCUGAAUUUUUGAUACUUCUCUAAAAACAGUGUAUUUGUGUCCGUGACUGACAUUUGAAGGAAUUAUGUAGAAAUUAUAGCAGCGCCGUCUGAAAAAGUGCCAGGUGACAUCCUUACAAUCUCGCUAAUUAUUGCCAUGUCAUGUUGGAGAUGUACAAGAUGUAUGAUUUUUAUAAUACUUGGAUGUAUAUAGCGCCAUUGUACAUAUUCUGUACAUAUCAAUUUAGCAUUUUUGUAUGCUGACUCCUUGCAAAAAUUGCUGAUUUAAUUUCCUGUUUAUGUCCUUAUAUUGUUAUGUAUUACUGACGCUUCCUUAUUGUCUAAUUGCCAUUUGGUAAUCUGUGUGAAGUCAAAAAAACAAACUUGGUCACAGAGCAUAUACCCCUUCAGCAGUUUACUGUAUGUGUCAUUUUGUUUGGAUGGUUAAAUUUAAUAAACUUUUUACAGAUUCA